AUGGGUAAACAGUUAAGAACACCUCCUGACGAGUACAGAGAGUAUCUUGAAGCUGCUAGAGAUACAGGUGCUACUCUGCCCCAUUUUGGCGACAAAGCUCUCACUAUUAGAAGACAAUUGAUUUUGGCAGGUUCAAACGCUUCAUACUAUACCAACAUCCUGCCUCUAUCAGUAUCCAAACUGUCGAAAAAGGCACUGACUACUGCUGUUCGUUUCGAUAAACAGGGCAAUAGAAUUGGUCGUAAGAUUAUUUUCGGAUUUUUCCACCCAUUUGCCAAUUCUGGCGGCGGUGGUGAACGGGUUCUAUGGGCCGCUGUCAAGCAGACUCUUGAAAAUAAUGAACUCAAUAUUUGUGCUAUCUAUGUUGGUGCUGAAGAGGGGGUUAUUCCAAGUGUUAUUUUAACCCGUGUUGCUGAAAGAUUUGGAAUUACUGUUGAUGAGUCACGAGUUGUAUUCAUUUUCUUGACCAAAAGACGACUUGUCGAAGACAGUUUCUGGACCCGGUUCACGUUAAUCGGUCAAGCCAUUGGUUCUGUGAUGCUUGCUAAAGAAGCGGUUUCUCUGCUUGUUCCUGAUGUGUUUGUUGAUACCAUGGGAUAUCCUUUUACCUACCCCUUUAUCUCUUGGGUAUUGAACAUUCCUGUCUGUGCCUAUGUCCACUAUCCAUUCAUCUCCAAAGACAUGCUUAACAAAGUAUCGACAUUUUCCAUUAAAUACAUUUACUGGAAACUCAUGAGUCUUGCCUAUGCUUACGUCGGAUCUUAUGCGUCAAUUGUGGCUACCAACUCGACCUGGACAAACAACCACAUCAAAUCGAUCUGGUGGAUGAACAAAACCGACCACAUUCGAACUGUGUUCCCACCAUGUGCCACUCAGGACUUUGAGGCUCCUGAAGAGGGCUCGAAACCACGCAGUCCUGUAGCUGUCUACAUUGGCCAGUUCAGACCCGAGAAACGACACGAUCUCGUGAUUCGAGAGUUCGCCAAGAUCCUGACCAAGCAUAACGAGAGUAAAGGCACUGUUGCUACUCGUCCUCACUUGAUCUUGCUCGGAUCAGUGAGAAACGACGAGGACAAGUCUCGUGUGUACUCUCUACGACUACUCGCCCGAGAACUCGAGCUGACUGACGACAACGUUACUUUUGUGUUGGACGCACCCUGGCCCAACGUCAAAGCCAUGCUACAAACAGCGUCUAUCGGUGUCAAUGCCAUGUGGAACGAGCAUUUCGGUAUGGGUGUUGUGGAGUACAUGGCUGCUGGGUUAAUACCAGUUGUCCACGACUCUGCUGGUCCUAAACUGGACAUCGUCAAAGACGACGAAGGAGUGCCUGGUUUCCUGUUCAAGUCCGAUACCGAUCCAGACUAUUCCGCCAAAGACGCCGGCUCCGACACCCUGGAACAGGCUCUCACCAAAGCAUUUGCCCUGGACGACGCCACCGCGUUCAAAUACCGCCAGCGAGCAUACCAAGCGGCCCAACGGUUCUCGGACGAGGCGUUUGCCAACGCCUGGGACCUCCGCGUCAACACGCUCCUCAAACUCGAAAAAAUCCGCCAGAAACAGCGUCUGCUCGCCGGCAAAUUCGACUAA